GGGGGUGGCAGUGCUUUUUGAUAUAAAACCAGCGGUCGCCUGACAUUUGUUUCUUACCACCCGUCUCCGUUUCUCCUUCCCCCCGCAGCACCUACCCACCGAUUAAACGAAGAUGAGCAACGAGGAGCAUCACCCCGAGGAGACUGCACCGACAUACCCCGUUGCGACACGUAUGAGGCCCGAUUCAGGUCGGCAUACCGCGCACGUCGGGCCUGAUUUGGAGGCGUACAAAGCGGCCCACGCGCUCACCGUUGGCGAAGUAUCGGACGAGUGGUGGGCAGACCAAGCGCGCAAGACUUUGCACUGGGACCGCCCUUUCCAAACUGUGCGCGCAGGAGGAUUCGAAACCGGCGAUAUCGCGUGGUUUCCGGAAGGAGGACUGAACGCCGCGUACAACUGUGUUGAUCGCUGGGCUUUCAAGGACCCGAACAGGGUUGCGAUCAUCUAUGAAGCUGACGAGCCCAAUACUGGUGCAUCCAUCACGUACGGGCAGCUUCUGCGCGAAGUCUGUUCGCUCGCCAAUGUGCUCUCGAGCACCUUCGGCGUGAAGAAGGGAGAUACAGUCAGCAUCUACCUCCCGAUGACAUAUCACGCUGCAGUGGCCUUCCUGGCCUGCGCAAGGAUCGGUAUGCCUUGAAUAUUUCUCCCUUGUCCUAUCAUUAUCUUUCCGUUCUACCACCGGGCCGCUCGAUCCGUAUCUCACCCACGAUCAUUACGCGUUCCUUGUCGGGCAGACCACUGAUUUGCAUUUUCGCAGGUGCCAUCCACUCGGUUGUAUUUGCCGGCUUCUCAGCUGAAUCAUUGCGCGACCGCAUCCGCGACUGUGGCUCUCGUGUGCUGAUCACGUCGGACGAAGGAAAGCGCGGCGGCAAGACGAUCGCCACGAAAGCCAUCGCGGACGCUGCGUUACAAUCUCUUGCCGACGAGGGUGAUAAGAUUGUUGAGCAUGUCUUGGUCAUGAAGCGGACGGGAGGCAAGGUCGCUUGGACGGAAGGCCGCGACAGCUGGUGGCACGAAGAGAUGGACAAGGUCCCCAGCUACUGUCCGCCGGUGGUCAUGGCCGCGGAGGAUCCGUUGUUCAUUCUCUACACUUCUGGAUCAACCGGAAAGCCAAAGGGCGUUGUCCAUACUACCGCUGGCUAUCUUCUUGGCGCUGCAUUGACCGUCAAAUACGUCUUCGAUGUACACGAAACAGAUGUCUUCGCGUGCAUGGCUGAUGUUGGUUGGAUUACUGGCCACACAUACAUUGUCUACGGUCCUCUUCUGAAUGGCGUCACCACGCUCAUGUUCGAGAGCACGCCUGUUUACCCAACCCCGGCCCGAUACUGGGAAGUGGUGGCCAAGCACAAAGUGACCCAGUUCUACAGUGCGCCAACGGCUAUCCGUCUGCUUAGGCGGCUUGGCUCCCACCAUGUCGACGGGCACGAUCUUUCCACUUUGCGAGUCCUCGGGAGUGUCGGCGAGCCGAUUAAUCCGGAGGCCUGGGACUGGUAUAACGAAAACGUCGGGAAGGGCGAAUGUGCUGUCGUGGAUACUUUCUGGCAAACCGAGACCGGUUCGAUCGUCAUCACGCCAUUCCCGGGUGCGGUCCCGACGAAGCCGGGCUCGGCAACCGUGCCGUUCUUCGGCCAAGUGGCGGUUAUCGUCGAUGCCGUGUCCGGCGAAGUCCUCGAAGGCAACAAUGUCUCCGGUGUGCUGACGCUUUCGGUUCCGUGGCCGUCUAUCGCACGAACUAUCUGGAAGGAUCACGCCCGGUACUUGGAUACCUACAUGAAGCCGUACCCGGGUCUCUUCUACACGGGAGACGGCGCCGCCCGGGACAAGGAUGGAUACAUCUGGAUCAAAGGACGUGUCGAUGAUGUCAUCAAUGUCUCUGGUCACCGACUCUCCACCGCGGAGAUUGAGAGCGCGCUGAUAAUGCACAAGGGCGUCGCUGAAACUGCCGGUUAGCCUGUGUUACGUCAUAUCGCUCUGACUACUCUGAUGCGUUGCCCAGUGAUCGGUACCGCUGACGAACUAACCGGUCAAGCGGUGUACGCUUUCGUCACAUUCAAACCGUGAGCUCAUGAUUCCUGUGGAGCUACUGCGGUCUGAUGGUUCUGUAGCGAGUUUACUUACGACUCCGCCGACGAGGCCAGCCUCAUCAAGGAGCUUGUUCUGCAAGUUCGCAAAGUGAUUGGCCCUUUCGCAGCGCCCAAGAAGAUAUACAUCGUGCCAGACCUGCCCAAGACCCGCUCAGGCAAGAUCAUGCGCCGAAUUAUGCGUAAGAUCGUUGCUGGGGAGGGGGAUCAAUUAGGUGACUUGUCCACCGUUGCCGAACCAGGAGUCGUCGAUGUCAUCAAGGCUAAGGUGGCGGAAAGUGCUUGAGGUUUGAGUCGGAGGAUGUUUCUCUUUGGGGUCGCGAACGUUAAAUAACACAAUGUGUAUGUAAAUUAUGUCUUGUUACUUACUUAUCUGGAGCUGUUUUAAACAGUUCCUGUUACCUUCUUGGCGUCGGGAUUCACUAUGCAAGUCCUGUCGAAGUGUUCAUUUGGAUUGGGCCAAGGAUGGACGGAUAUCCGGCUAUCACUGUCAGCUGUGGGUGGUAUAUCUGGACCAGAGUGCUCACGCUCUCCAUCGUCUCUUCCCAGACAGCAGUCAGCGAUGCCAUCCAUCCCACCGGGUAUCCGAUACAUAUCCAAACACCUCCCCAGACUGCUCUCCCCGGCAUUGCUCACAUAUGCGUCGAUCCAUGUCCUGCAGGCUUUCGACAUCCAACUGCCGUUUCCGAGCUGGAUUGCGUGCCUCUUGAGCGGCCCUCUUGUCCUUACGCUCAUCGUCCAGCGGCGGGACUGGUUGGACGCACGGGCGGCGGCGAAGAAUGGCGCCACCAUGGGUCCUGUGCUUCCCGGUUGGAUUGGCGGCGUUCAGAUGUUUUUCGUCAAGAUGAUCGACAUGUAUCCGGCGGAGGGAAUGAGCAUCGUCCUUGCCAAGGACGCCUAUACUACGCGAGUGCGGUUGCUGUUCCAGAAUCGGACGAUCACAGCGGACCCUCACAACAUAAAGACAGUGCUUGCCACAGAUUUCAAUAGCUUCGAGAAAGGUUCGGAGUUCCAAGAGGUAUUGGGGCCCUUGCUUGGCACAGGAGUCUUCGCGGCGGACGGCGACAUGUGGAAAUUCCAUCGGGCCAUGACCCGUCCUUUCUUCCAUCGCGAACGGAUCAGCGAUUUCGAGCUAUUUGACCAUCACGCAGAAAACGCGAUUGGACAAUUCAAAGCAAGACUCAGAGAAGGUCAUCCUGCAGAUUUUCAGGAUAUGGUCUCUCGUUUCACCAUGGAUGCCGCGACUACGUUCCUGUUCGGCACCAACGUGAACACUCUCGAGGCCGGGCUUCCCUACCCCUUCUAUGCCCCAGCAGCGGAACCUGCUGCAGCCGGAAAAUCUCAUCCGUCCAGCGCAUUCGCGGCUGCCUUUCAGCAGGCUCAGAUCAUUGCUUCCGCUCGGAACAGACUCGGCGAGCAUUGGCCGCUACAGGAAUUCUGGGUGGACACUAUGGAGGAGCCGAUGAGUGUUGUUCGCGCUUAUCUGGAUCCCAUACUCCGAGAAGCGAUCGAGAAAAAGAGACGCUCUGGUUCAUUCGAGAAGGCAGACGUGAAUGGGGAUCGAGAGGUACAAGAGGGAGAGACGUUGUUGGAGCAUCUGGUUAACUAUACUGAGGAUCAUACCAUCCUCCGUGACGAAAUCCUGAACAUCACCACCGCUGGACGCGAUACCACCGCGUGCCUUCUGACAUUCACGGUGUAUAUGCUUGCAGAGCAUCCCGAGGUGCUUUCCAAGUUGCGCCAGGAGAUUAUGGACAGCGUAGGCCCGACCCGAGCCCCGACCUUCGACGACUUCCGCAACAUGAAAUACCUCCGCGCGGUUCUGAACGAGACUUUGCGACUAUAUCCACCGGUUCCUUUCAACGUCCGAACUGCCCGCAGACCUGCCCUGUUCAGAUCGAGUCCAGAUGGCCCCCCGAUUCACGUGCCAACUGGAACGAGGGUUGUUUUCACCCCUAUCGUGAUGCACCGCCGAAAGGAUCUCUGGGGUCCAGAUGCCUUGAAAUUCGAUCCAGCCCGGUUCUUGGAUGAACGUGUUCACAAAUACCUGACUCCGAAUCCAUUCAUCUUCCUCCCGUUCAACGCUGGUCCUAGAAUCUGCCUCGGCCAACAGUUUGCCUACCACGAAGCCUCGUUUUUCCUCGUGCGGCUCCUCCAGUCGUUCUCCGAGAUAUCCCUCGCUCCUGCAGCCCAACCUCCCGCCACCCGUCCCCCCGCCUCGUGGAAGACUGACGAUGAAAGCGGCUGGAAGAAGGAAGAGAAGAUUUGGCCGAGGUCGCACUUGACGCUUUACGUCAAUGGCGGAUUGUGGGUUACCAUGCGCGAGGCGGAGGCAGAUAAAGCAGCAGCUGAGACUUCAGGAAGCUCUUGAAUAUUUUUUCACGGAAAACACGUACCCCCCACUCUCUUUUAACUCGAGCAAAAUUCUUGUCACAAGCUCCAAUCGAACAAGCACAUGUCCAACAUUUGUCACGUGACAUCACGUGCAACAGCUCAGAUCUUCUGCUGACCAAGCAUGCCUACCCCGGCUGAACGGUUCGAAUACAGUGUUGUAGAUAAGGGUGUUAUUAAGGGUGUCUGCUGAAAUUAAGGUCUUAGGACAAGGUAAGAGUUAUUAAGGGUGCCUAUUUUAAGGGUCUUUUAUAAGGCUUAUUACCCGAUUUGUAUUCAAG